GUCCAGAGUCCAGACAAAUCAAAGAACCAGAACCGGACUCAUUGACAGCCCUAAAUAGCAAAUCGAAAAUCCAAGCGUGAAACGCGAGGCAGUAAACUCUUUCCCUAUCCGAAUUCGACCUUGGAAGCGGAAGAAGCCUCCCGGCUACCGGCCGGCUGGACGCAUAAACGACGAGAGCGUGGGCUGGACUCUGCAGAAAAUGGAUAGUUUCUCUCUUGCAAUUACAGUACAUUCAGAUUUCGUUCCAUCAUUUACCAGAAGCAAUACCAUCCACAACUACAUUAACGUCCAGUCCUUUCCCUAUAACUCCAAGAAGCGAAGGAAGUGGAAAAGCCAUCCCCUUGUUUUAGCGGUUACAGCUUCUUCUUCUCCUUCGAUUAAAGAUGUCUGGAGAAGGUCAGAUAAUGUUUCUUCUUCUUCUUCUUCUUCCAUGGUCUCAUCUGGUCGUCAUAUUCAUCAAAAACACUACAAAUACCAACGUGAUAAGCAACAACAAGUAUUGUGUUGGGAUCACAGUGUGGACAUGGACGACCUCCUCUCGUCGAUUAGGCAGACCUCAACUGAACAGGAACUCUAUGCCCUUAUGUCCCCUUACAAAGGGAGGCAGCUCUCUCUCCGCUUCAUGGUCUCUCUUCUCUCCCAUGAGUCGGACUGGCAACGCUCCCUUGCCCUUCUCGAUUGGAUGAUUGAGGAGGCUGCUUAUUCUCCCUCUGUCUUUGCCUACAAUGUUGUCAUCCGUAAUGUGCUUCGCGCCAAGCAGUGGGAUCUUGCCACUGGCCUGGUCGACGAAAUGCGCAGUAGGUCGCUCUCCCCUGACCGCUUCACUUACUCCACUCUCAUUACCCAUUUCGGCAAGGAGGGACUCUUCGACGCUGCCCUCUCUUGGCUCCAACAGAUGGAGCAAGACCGAGUUUCUGGUGACCUCGUUUUGUAUAGCAACCUUAUCGAGCUUUCACGCAAGCUCCACGACUACUCCAAGGCCAUCUCCCUCUUUUCGAGAUUGAAGCGCUCUGGCAUCACCCCUGACCUUAUCGCUUUCAAUUCAAUGAUUAAUGUAUUUGGCAAGGCUAAGCUUUUCAGGGAAGCUCGCCUUCUCCUCCAAGAGAUGCGCUUGGCCAGCGUUCCUCCGGAUACCGUCAGCUAUUCCACUCUUCUCACCAUAUUUGUGGAGAAUAGGAGACUUGUUGAGGCGUUGUCCAUAUUCUCUGAGAUGAAUGACGUUGGGUGUCCGCUUGAUAUCACCACUUGCAACAUUAUGAUUGAUGUCUAUGGCCAGUUGGACAUGGCUAAAGAAGCUGAUAGACUUUUCUGGAGCAUGAGGAAAAUGGGAAUUGAGCCUAAUGUCGUAAGCUACAAUACCCUCCUGAGGGUCUACGGUGAGGCCGAGCUCUUUGGUGAAGCUAUUCACCUUUUUCGUUUGAUGCAGAGGAAGGAUAUCGAGCAGAAUGUUGUCACUUAUAACACAAUGAUUAAGAUUUACGGGAAGUCCCUAGAGCACGAGAAAGCCACCAACCUUAUCCAAGAAAUGCAGAGUAGAGGAAUUGAGCCGAAUGCUGUUACAUACUCAACAAUUAUCUCAAUAUGGGGAAAGGUCGGGAAGUUGGACAGGGCAGCGAUGUUAUUUCAAAAGCUAAGAAGCUCUGGAGUGGAGAUUGAUCAGGUCCUUUACCAAACAAUGAUCGUGGCGUACGAGAGAGCAGGUUUAAUAGGACAUGCCAAGCGUUUGCUCCACGAACUCAAGCACCCAGACAAUAUUCCUAGGGAGACGGCUAUUACCAUACUCGCAAGAGCUGGUCGGAUUGAAGAGGCUACCUGGGUUUUUCGUCAGGCUUAUGAUGCCGGGGAAGUUAAGGAUAUCUCUGUCUUUAGAUGCAUGAUUGAUCUCUUCUCAAGGAAUAGAAAGCAUACAAAUGCCAUCGAGGUGUUUGAGAAAAUGAGAGUGGCUGGAUAUUUUCCAGAUUCUAAUACAAUUGCCCUUGUACUGAAUGCUUAUGGGAAGUUGCGGGAUUUUGAUAAGGCAGAUGCUGUUUAUAAGGAGUUGCAGGAUGAGGGUUGUGUUUUCUCAGAUGAAAUUCAUUUCCAAAUGCUAAGCCUUUAUGGAGCACGAGGGGAUUUUAAAGAAGUCAGUUCACUGUUUGGAAGGCUGGAUUCUGAUCCCAACAUUAAUAAGAAAGAGUUGCAUCUUGUUGUUGCCAGCAUUUACGAAAGAGCAAAUAGACUGGAUGAUGCAUCUCGAAUUAUUGAUCGGAUGAGAGAAAGGGAACUCUCAAAUUCAUUGUGACCAUAAAGGCAAAGAACUUGAUCCUCGUAAAGACUAAAUUUCAAGCAAACUAUUGUAAAUUUAAUGGCCUUGAAUUAAUUCUUUUGUAAAUUUUUGUUUUGAUAAAUCCCCUUACUAUAAAGGGUCGUGUAGCUUAUUUGUCUGCUGAGUGUAGCAGAGUAUAUACUUGGAAUUGUAUUUACUUUCUUAGGUAUUGUAAUUAACCUUUUGUUAAGGAGAAAAAGGAAAGAAUGUAGUGUAUAUUUGUUGGAUCAGCCAUUCCA